CACUUGCUCACGCACCGAGUAGUACUUUACGACGUGCGUUUUGUGCAACCGACAGACACAGUGUGGGCCAUGGGGGGCAUCUUUACCCGGGCUACGACGUCCUUUGCCGCUGUGCACUCUGACGACUAUGCACCCUCUCAGCACAUGAGCAGCGAACGGUCGUUGAACUUGAAUCGAUAUCGACAAAAGGCUGGCCAAGCGUACGCGGUGCCCGAGCCGACUGCAAAAAAACUCCACAGGAUAAAUUCCGUGCCCCCAGACUGCGUUCGCCCUUUCGACUCGACGCCGACGUUGCCGAUCACAUACUCCCCCCCCGUGUCAGCCCCCAUGACACCUCUGGCCGAGCACCAAGCAACUAAAGACAAGAAGCACAUCCAGGCAGGAAAUGCGCUCGUGGAAAUCAAGUACACCCAGCCCAACGGCGAGCGCAAACUCGUCAAAGCCGCCACGGAAAGCGCCCUGCGCACGAGUUUAUCCAACCCUGCCAAGUACCGGCGCCAAUCCAUUUGCUCCGACUUGCACACGAAUCUGUCGAUGGCGUUCACGGUGGACGUGCUGGCCGAACCCGUGACACACAAGCUCAUGAUCCAAUUCGCCGACAAGAUUCCGUACGCUCCCCAGCGGCUACUGUUUUGGGCCGACGCGCAGCACCUCCGGACCCUGCCGUCGUCGCAGUACACGGACAAGGUCCUCCGGAAAAUCUAUGACAAGUUUCUGAGCCCGAGCGCGGCCACGCCGAUUUGCGUACCCACGGGUAUGCUGAAGGUCAUUCGCGCCGCGUUUAACAGUCCCAAUGGAAUUCAAAGCGCCGGAGUGUACUCGGAUGCCCAGGCGUUGUGCCUGCGUGAUUUGGAAAAGGAUGUGUUUCCACGCUUUCGAAGGCAUAAGUUGUACAGUGAAAUGCUCGUGGCCCUGGAAGAAAAGCCGCUUUCCAAGUUGUCCACGGCCCUCGGCGCGUUGCACGCCCCCCAACUCCGCUCGAAAGAAAUGCGCGAGUCGUUUCAGAGCGUGCUGACCAACGAAGUCAAGCUGCGGUACUUUAAGAGCUACUGCGUGGAAAACAUGACGCUGGAGAACCUCAUGUUCCACUUGGACGUGGAAGACGCCAAGCGCCUUCCCAACCAGUCGUUUGUCCAAGCCCGAGCCAGGAAGAUCAUCGACACGUACAUCCGCCACGGCGCCAAGAUGCACAUCCACCUGCGCCAGUCCAUCCACAUGGACUUGAUUCAAAAACUCGACCGCAACGAAAUCGAUCCCACCAUGUUUGUCGACUCGCAAUACGUGGCCAUGGAAGCCAUCAAAGCCGACGUGUGGCCUAAGUUUAGCGCGUCGGGGACGUACGUGCAUUACAUCCAAGAGAGUUCACUGGACGACGACGAACUCGAGUCAUAUGUGCCGAUCGUGUCGGCCUCGGAAAUUGACGCGCUUUUGAGUAACUUGGACGCCACGAGUUCGUCCAUCUUUCUUCAAAAAGCCAUGGAACUGCCCACGAGCUUGAUGGCCAACAUUGCCAAAGCCCACACGAUCCAGCACGACACUGCCUUGCUUUUGCUCCAGGACAAGAUCGGCCACCGCGUGUUCAAGCGAUUUCUCCAAAUUCGCGGAAAAGACCACUAUGUGGCGUUCAUUGACGAUGUGGAAGAGUACACCAACUUGCCAGGCAUCGAGUACAUGCAGCACACGGCGAAAAAAUUGUAUAAAAAGUACCUCAGUGACAACGCCCGAUUACAAGUGGACAUGAGCACAAAGAUGCGCCAAGACAUUGAAGACAAGCUCGUGAUGCCUACCAUGGACAUGUUCAAACCGGCGAUCGUCAAGGUCAAAACAGGACUGCUCCAAGACUCGUUGCUACGGUACUUGUCGUCACCCAUCCACGACGAACUCCAGACCGACUUGGAGAUUCCGCAACUUGUGCGAGACAUGACAGCAGCGAGGAAUAGCGGCAAGCUGGAGCUGCCGCACCUUGAUUCAGUCCUCGGGCAUCCCAAAUACAUGUCGAAUUUCAAAAAGUACCUCGCGUCCCAGCACGCGGCCGAGAAUCUCAUUUUUCUCGAAGAAGUCGAAGAGUUUCGACGGCUGCCGUCGUCGCAAAUCGUCUUGCGCAACGCCAAGAAGAUCGUUGACAAGUACAUCAAUAAAGCCACGGCCAAGGCGCCGCUGCCCCUCGCCAAGGAACUGCAUGAUACCAUGGUUAUGUCCACCGACGGCAUGGAGAAGUCGUUCUUCACCAAUGCAGUGCAUGACAUCAUGCAUUUGCUUCGGCAGGAUGAAGCGCCAGAGUUCCUGGACGCGCCAAUGUUUAUGGUGCUGGUGGGGGCAUGGGCCAGUCUGGACGAAACGUAUGCAAGGAAGCAACUGGUGGGAGACCUCGAACUCGCGUACUUUCGCCAUAGGUUUCACGCAAUCUGCGAAACCAAGCGCGACCGGCCAAAGUCCUAGUAGAUAUAGUACUACCGAUGAUAUGUCACGUGUACUAAUAUUUAUUCGAUAUGGUUUAUUAUCG